AGGGUACUUAGGCUCUCUUUGAGGCCAAGGAGGCCGGCCUGCAGCCGAACCCCAGCCUGCUCCCCGCCCCAGCCCAUCCUCUGGCCAUGUCGAGGCUGGGCCCUGCUGCUUCGGCAGAACUGCAGCCUCCGUUGGGCGACGAGGACGCCGUCGGCACGCCGCUGGCCAGCGUGGGGGGCUCUCCGACGGCCGCGGUGCCGGUGGCCUCCGAGGUAUCGGCGGCCUUCGCGGGCAUCUUCCCUGCCAACGUCAGCUACCGCCAGACGAUCGACGAGCGGACGCGCGGGGCCGUGGAGGCGGACGACCCGCUCAACUGGCUGUGGGCCGCGAUCGGGGCCAUGCAGGAGAUGUCCAUUCCCUUGAUCCUCGGCAUCGUGGUGGCCCUGGUCUACGCCAACGUGGCCCCAGAGUCUUACAAGUACUGGCUGAUGGAGGGCGUCCCGUGGGACGAGACGGCGGACUGCCACGACUGCGGCGGGCCCUCCACGGGCGGCCACCACGGCGGGCCUGGCCACGCGACGACCAAACAGUUUGUUCUCUCCGACUGCCCCGUCUUCGGCCAUGCCCUGUCCCUACACUUCGUGGCCAACGACAUUAUCAUGGUUUUGUUUUUCGGCUUAGCGAGUAAGGAGAUCACCGAGGCGAUGUUGCCUGGUGGCUCGCUCAACCCUCUGAGGAAGGCCGCCAACCCGCUGGCGGCGACCCUCGGCGGCGCCAUCUGCCCAGUUGCCAUGGGGCCGGCGGAUUUCAUGCUGCUGAAGGUGCUCAAGGGACUUGGCGGCUUCCCAGAAUCGGAGCUCACCGAGCUGUCGAGAGGCUGGGGCAUAGUGACCGCCACAGACAUCUCCCUGGCCUGGCUCACCGCACGCCUCGUCUUCAGCGGUGGUCACCCCGCAAUCGACUACCUCCUUCUGCUGGCGGUGGCGGACGAUGCCAUCGGCCUCGUCAUCAUCGCCGUGUUCUAUCCAGACCCCAACCACCCAUCCGAGCCGAUCUGGCUGUUGCUGACUGGCGCCGGCGUCUUCAUCGCCUUCCUGCUGCGCCGCUGGCACUUCAGGAUCAAACGCGAGAGGCAUCAGUCCUGGGUGCCAUACGUGUUCUUGGCCGGGUCGCUGUCCUGGGCGGGCCUCAUGAAGGCGCAUCUCCACCCAGCGCUCGCGCUCGUGCCCAUCGUUCCAUUUAUGCCGGGCCCACCCGCCGAGCAGCUCGAGUCCCUCAACAAGGAGGGGGUUGCAGAGCUGGACAGCGCCGUGCGUGCCCGGAUCAUUUCGGACCUGAGCGAGGCGAACAGGACCGUGUCGCAGGAUUCUGUGACAGACGCCCUGCAGGCGCAUCACGUCGCGGGCCGGGGCCGAGAGAUCGCCGCGGGUCUGCAUGCCGGCAUAGUCGGGCACCGCGUGGAUCCCGCCUUGCGGGUUCAGGAGUUCGACGACGAAGGAGAGCAGCACGCGCACGCGUCCACGCUCGACGACUUCGAGCACUCGGUGAAGGUCUACGUCGACUUCGGUAUGUUCUUGUUCGCCGUAACCAACGCCGGGGUGCCCAUCGAGGGUCUUGGCGGCAUGAGCGUCCUGGUACUCCUGAGCCUCGCGUUAGGGAAGUUCACCGGCAUUUUCCUCUUCGGGAAGCUCGCUGCGAAGGUCGGCUUCCCGAUGCCGCUGGGAGUGGGCAACAGGCAUCUCCUGAUGGUGGCUCUGAUCGGCGGCAUCGGCCUGACGGUGGCCCUCUUUGUGGCCGACGUCGCCUUCGAGGGCAAGCUCCAGAGCGACGCGAAGCUCGGAGCCGUGCUCUCUGGGCUCCUGGCCCCGAUCGCGGUGGCGAUCGGGCGCUGUGCCAGGCUCUCGGGGCAGCAGGACAUCGAGCUCACCGCGGCCGAGCAGGUGCAGGAGACGCUCGCGCAGUGCCACGCCGAGGGGGACGACUCCGAGGACAGCAGCAGCAGCGACGACGGCGCCUGAGCGUGCAGGGCCGCCGCGCGCGUGCUCGUCGUCGGCCGACCUUCUCGCCGAGCGCGGCCCCGCGGGAAGAGGGGCGCGCCGCUGGCCAGUAUUCAAAGAACGGCAGCAGUCGGCGACAGCCCCCGCCGCGACGAGGGCAGCAGCGGUCGCCGAACUCGUGCAGUUGUGUCUAUGAUCACAACGGCCAAGCGUGCACGGAUCAUGCUGAAUGGUUGUUUUCGGGGCGCUUCGGCCCCACCCUGCAGUACCCGCGCGGCAUUCCACGCAGGUCGCAGUCGUAGGCACAGGUGUCAGAGGAUGGAGGAAGGUUACAGUCGAGGCGCUGUUUCUUACCAAAACAUGUCUUUGCGGGCGCCCUGUGCCGAGCCGCAUGAUGCCCUCGUUCGAGACCUAGGAAA